UUGAGCGACAUACUCCAGUUAAUCUGACUACUGUUACAUGAUCUUUCUGUUAACGGUUCAUCUGCGAAAUGAAAACUCGGCUCAAUAUUUUAGGAUACAAGCGGUUGUUUUGCUGGUUCCUUAUCCUUCCAGUAUGUUAUUGUGCUGAAGUGUGCGAUCGACGACCACUGGGAACAAAAACGGAGCCCUUACCACCCGACAAUCGUUUCCAAAUCGAAAUACUUGAUAUUUAUAAUAAUCAGUAUAUCCCAAACAAAAACUAUACCGUACGUUUGUUUUCGAUCGAUGAUGUGUCCACAUUCAUUGCGUUUACAAUAUCUGCCCGCGGAGAUACGAAGCCGAACGAAAGAAACCACCGAAAGCCAAUUCUUCUAAGCCCUGGUCAAAUCAGACCCUACCCCGACUCGGAUGCUGUUUGGAGUCCCAAUUGUGACAACACAGUUAUUCAAAAGGAUGUAACUGCAAAAACUGCUGUGCAGGUUGAAUGGAAAGCACCACCGAAAGAUCAGAAAUGCGUGACAAUAUACGCCGUGUUGGCCGUGAUGCCUGAUGUGUGGUACAACUUCGUGGGCCCGUUGUCCAAGCAGAUCUGCGAGGACCGUCGUAACAUGGAGGACAUGCAGCCUGUGGAAAACGCCAACUGCGAAGUCUGCGAGGAUGCGCAGUAUUUGCUCACCUUCGAAGGUAUCUGGUCGUGUCACACCCAUCCGCUGCUGUUUCCCAACCAAGAACUCGCAGCAUCGCCACACUUCAGCGAUGUCGUAGGAGCUUCCCACAGCAAAAACUAUAACGUGUUCAAAAUCAAUUCCGAUGCGAGCGACGCCCUGAAAAUGUUGGCUGCACAGGGAAAUACGACUAAAUUGGAAAUGCAAAUGAUAAAUCUGGUUGGCCUAUCAGUUCGUACGGUAAUAAAAGCUUCGGGACAACCGAGGCCAAAUAUGGAAACGCAUUCUAUAUUUCGCGUGAGCAGGGAGCAUCAUCUGGUGUCUCUUGUCACCGCCAUAAUUCCAUCACCUGACUGGUUUCUCGGAGUAUCUAAUAUGGAGCUAUGCGAAGUUAAUACCAACAGAUGGGCCCCAAAUUUAACACUAAAUCUUUACCCAUUAGACGCUGGUACGGAUAGUGGGUUAAAGUUUGAUUCUCCCAAUGAAGAUACAUUGCCUCCGAAGCCUAUAUCUUCAGCAGUAAUAAACAAAUCAGUGCCAAAGGAGCAGUUCAAGCCAUUCGCAAGGUUACAUUUCAAUCUCAUGCGAACGUACGCAACUGACAACUGCGAGACGUCAACGUCUACUGAUGAAUUUACUGAAAAUGAAGAUAGGGACAGGUGGGAUAGCAGGGAAAGGCAAGCUGUAAGUGGACAAUCGGAACAAAAUGAAAUAUCGCCGACAACAACACCGUCGCCUAAUGAGGAGAUUUCGCCUGAUCCGGACACGUCUGAUGACUGUCCCAUGACAGCGUGGGAAGAGUGGGAACCGUGCGCUGGGGAGUGUGUUGACAACGUUUACUUCGGUUAUAAAACUCGAUCGCGCUACUAUCUGGUUGAUGGCGUCGCUGUUGGUAUGGAUGUAAAUGGUCCAGAGAUGAAAGUUCCAGAAGAAUGCUUCAUCAAAUACUCGGAUCAUGAAACGGUGCCCUGUGAGGAAGAGUGCGAGGAGGAGGAAACAGUUAUUCGAUAUAGCAAUUAAUUAUUAUUAAUUAAUAAAAUAUUAUUAGAUUUUAAUUUCAUUUUUGAACCUUUUUGUGGUUCUUAAUAUUAUUUGAAAACAGAAGAAAUAUUACAAUUUUAUGUAUUAAGCAGUUAUUCGACUCUAUGAAUAUG